AUGAAAUUAAAGGUAAGCAGCAAAAUUGCAAACGUUUUAAAACAACGUGGUAGAUCAUCCUCUUAUUUUGCCAAUAAUGUCCUAAAUUUGACGUUUACAAUUAUUUCCGAAGCUCUGAGAACAACUGUACUAUCAGAGUAUUUACAAUCUAAUCCUAGAUUUCUGUUUAUAAGUCGAUGUCCAAAAAAACUUCAUUCACAACUUUUGUCACCUGAUUCCUCUUACCAUCUAAUGACGACAUAUGAUAACCAUAGUGUGAAAAAAAUCAUGUUAACUCUGAAUUCUGUGAAUAAUUUCAAAGCAUAUACAAAUAUUUAUACACUGACAGGUCAAUGA